AUGUCGCUUUCCGAUACGUGCAGCCAGGUUACGAUUGCGGCAGCAAAAAUUCUUAUAUUCCGUUAUCCGGCGUCUUCUUAUGGUCUUAUAGAGUGGGACUUGUUAUACCCUCUACCAGAUUAUACAAGCCGUAUUUCGCAAUUCAAAUUGGGUGAAAUAUUUAUGAAAGCAAAGGGACCGGUGUUACCUCCUCCGACGGCUCCUAAGCCACCAAUGAUAUCAACAGUACCCCCACCCGCAGUUUCACUGGAAUAUUCACACCAUGAGCACCACCUCGGGCAUGAAGUGUCGGAAAUGGAGUUACAAUCGUAUCUAAAAGAUCAUCCGGAAACGUGGGUACCUCCGGGUUAUGGCAAAGAUAGAUCGGACUGGUACGCACCGAAUUCCUACAAUCCAACGCAACAACGCAUGAACCAGAUUUAUGAGUCAUACAAACGACGCGAUCAGACAAAUUUCCAUCGCAUGGGGAGAGCUAUGGAUGAUUUUAGUGAUAACGAUUUUAUUGAAGAGGAAGAUAUGCACAACAUCAGUGAUCAUCGUGAUUGGGAAAAUUACUAUCAUUACCGUGAAAGGCGAGAUUUGUAUCAUGCCAUUGAACACGCUUUAGGUUACAGCAACCAGGUGCAGAUGAAAAUGUGCGUUUUGCGAGCUAUAUGUGAAGCAAGAAAUCUACUACUUCCACAAGGAAAGUCCAUGAUGGUGGAUAUAGUCAGGCUUACGUUCAGUGUUCCAUUAAAAGAUGACCUUCAAGAUGACUACAGUAAAGCGAUGCGACAUGACAAUUUUAAUUGUGCAGAGCUUUAUGGCGAAAAAUGUGCUAUUAGUAUUCUGUCGUUGCUUCUGUUCGGGAAAUUUGAACCCUCAAAUGAUUGA